AUGAGGAAGGAGAUGCCCGCCGUGCCGGCGUACACCAAUGCCCUGGCCGCAAAGGCGACGCUCAUCCGCGCCCUCGAGGCCACAUACUCCUCCACCCUCACCUGCGCCGACGAUGGGAAGGAGGUCAACGUCUCUUGGAAAGUGCGCAAGAGCUGGCUACCUGCCGACCUGCAGCAGCUGCUCUUCCCGCCGCCGCCGCCGGAGGAUGCGGCGCCCGAGCCGCAAAAGCAGGAGAAGAAGCGGCGCAAGCUCGGCUCCGGUGCGUACCAGUGCACCGGCGCUCUGCCGAUCGCGGGGCCACUCCUCGUGCUCUCGCCGGGGCGCGCGCAGCAGCCUCGCGCCGCUGCGCCACCGCUGCUGCUUGGCCCCGGCGCUGCGGAGAACGCGGCGCUGCAGCCGGGACUCCCACCUGCAGUCAGGGUACUGCCUCUCAACCUACCCACACCGGGCCCUGCCGCAUCACCGUCGGGCCGCCGCCCCGACAUGGGCCGUGGGUCGGUGAACCUGCUCCGCGCCGACCUGUCGGCAGCGCGGCCCAACAUGCCCAUCGCCCACGGCGCGGCCUCCUUUCCACCGGGCGCCCUCGCCCGACUCAUUGGGCUGCAGGACUAUGCCGAGCUCAACGGAGCGCAGGUCAAGAUCAUCAAGUACCUGACGUCGAGGGAGAGGUACGUCGUCGACUUUCCUGGGGGUGAGCGGGAGCGCCCCGUCACCGUGGCGCCGCACCGCCUCAUCCCAGAGAGGGAUAGCACGCCGCGUGAGUUCGUCAUCUCGCUCUCCGACGACGAGCAGCGCGAGUUUAUGCGCGACGUCCGGCUCGGCUCGAGUGUCAACCAGCACGCCUACCCAAACAUCCACAUCGCCCUCGAGCCGCCUCUGCCGCCGCCGCACGCGCUGCAGGCGUGCACGCCGCCACCGGUGCGAGUCGCCCGACACGUCGUGAAGAACGCUCGCUUCUGCAUCUUUAAGCGGCGGCGCAGCUUCCGGCUCGGCGCGGGAUCGGCUGGCGCUGCCGAGGCCUACAGGCUCAAGUGCACGUCGCGUGCGCUCCGCUGGGAGCUCUGCGCGCGCGAGUGA